AUGCGUUCAACUCUACUUCUCCUCGAGUCUCUGGCUCUAACCGCCACAGCAUUCCCAUGGGCAGCCAAACUCGCCAACAGUGACAUUUCCGCUCUUCAAUCUCCGUCUUUGGUCAAGCGAGCAGAUGUCUGCCCUGUCAACAGACCUCGCAAGGGCGCCGCACCCUACAACGAGUACUACCCAAGCAAAUACACCGGAGCCCGCAAUGGCCAGCCCGGAACCGGAAAGGGAGGCGUACAAGUCCCAGCACCCGGCGAUACAGCUCACGCCUACGAAGCGCCCUCGUCGACCGACAUUCGAGGACCUUGCCCAGGUCUGAACAUGGCCGCCAACCACCACUUCAUCUCCCACGACGGCCAAACAACCUACAACGAAAUGGUCGACUUUGCGCAAAACGUCUUCAACUGGCGCUACGACCUCGCCGCCUUUGUCGCCACUUUCGGCAUCGUGCAAGACGGUAAUGUUCUGACUGGCGAACUCUCCAUCGGGUGUAACGGCGGCCAGCAAGUCCCUAACACGGGUUUGAACACGCACGAUAAAUUCGAAGCGGAUUCAUCCAUCACGAGGACGGAUUACUAUCUUUCUCCCAACGGGGAUAAUUAUGGCGUCAACGAGACGCUGUUCAAUUACUGGAAUGACUUCUGCAAUGGGGACUUUACGUUGGAAUGCAUGGGACCUUACAUGAGGUCCCGAUAUGACCAAUCUCUCCACACAAACGGCAACUUCUUCAACGGCCCCCUCUUCCUCUUCGCCCUCGGAACCGCCGCCCUCCCCUUUCAAUCCUUCGCCUCCUACGGCAACGAAGGCACCCCCUCCGUCUCCACCAUCGCCCCCUUCUGGGCCGCCACCCGCACCUCCACCGGCCACUACACCGUCGCCCCGGGAACCGAACGUCUUCCCUCGUACUGGUACAAUCGACCCACCUCCCUCUCCUUUCCCGAAAUCGUGGGACAAGUUUCCGACCUCUACCAAGCCGCGGGCAGUCCUGCGUUUGGAGGUAAUACGGGGAAGCCGGACUCGUUUGUUGGGUUGGAGUUUCCCCAGGGGGGGAUCGAAGGCGGUGUGUUGAAGAAUUCGACGCCACAAGGCGUGGCAUGUCUGUUCUAUCAACUCGUGACGGACUUUAUCCCGUUGAGUUUGGAUAAUCAGGUGUUGCAGUUGUCGAAGGUUAGUCAGAUUUUUGCGAAGAGCAAGUUGACGAGUGUGUUUGCGAAUUUCGGGUGUCCGGCUUUGUAG